AUGGUUCAAUCUUCGAUCCUCGGGUUCCCUCGUAUGGGCGCCAACCGAGAGUUGAAGAAGGCCACUGAAGCUUAUUGGGCUGGCAAGAUCUCUCAAGACGACCUGCUUGCCGAAGGAAAGAGACUGAGACAGGAACACUGGAAGAUCCAGAAGGACGCUGGCAUCGACAUCAUCCCCAGCAAUGACUUUGCUUUCUAUGAUCAAGUCUUGGACCACAUCCAGCUCUUUGGCGUCGUUCCUGAGCGAUACACCAAAGACAGCCUCUCUCCCAUUGACCAAUAUUUUGCCAUGGGUCGAGGUCUUCAAAGACCGGCAACCGACAGCACCCCUGCCGUCGAUGUUCCCGCUUUGGAAAUGGUGAAAUGGUUCGACUCCAACUACCACUACGUCAAGCCAACUCUCCAAGACAACCAGAGCUUCAAGCUAUCCUCCAACCCCAAACCGGUCGCUGAGUUCCUCGAGGCGAAAAAGGCCGGAAUCACUACCCGACCCGUCCUACUUGGCCCAGUGUCGUUCCUGCAUCUGGGCAAGGCCGACCGUGGGCAGUCCAUCGAGCCCAUUUCGGCCCUCGACAAGCUCCUACCUCUCUACGAAGACUUGCUCAAACAGCUUAAGGAGGCCGGUGCCGAGACCGUCCAGAUCGAUGAGCCCGUGCUGGUCUUUGAUCUGCCCAAGAAGACCAAGGACGCCUUCAAGCCCGCAUAUGAGAAACUGGGCAGCCUGGGAAGCAGUGCUCCCAAGAUUGUCCUUGCCACCUACUUCGGUGAUAUUGUCCACAAUAUUGAUGUUCUCGCCGACUUAAAGAACCUCUAUGCCAUCCACGUUGAUCUUGUUCGCAACCCAGAGCAGUUCGAAACCGUGGCAGCUGCAUUGGGCCCUCAACAGGUCCUCUCAGCCGGCGUGGUUGAUGGCCGAAACAUCUGGAAAACCAACUUCAAGCGAGCCAUCGAGAUCGUGGAAACUGCCAUCCAGAAACUGGGCAAGGACCGAGUCAUUGUCGCCAGCUCCAGCUCUCUCCUCCAUACCCCCCACACCCUUGCAAGCGAGAAGAAGUUGGACCCUGAAAUUGCCGACUGGUUUAGCUUUGCCAGUGAGAAGGCCCAAGAACUCGCCAUCAUCGCCAAGGCUGUGACAGACGGUCCUGCCUCGGUCAGAGAUGCUCUUGAGGCCAACGCCAAGUCUAUGCAAGCCCGCGCUUCUUCAAGCCGGACCAACGACCAGGCGGUCAAGGAACGACAGAGCAAAGUCACCCCAGAGUUGCAUGAGCGCAAGUCACCAUUCCCCAUCCGCAUCUCUGAACAACAGAAGCGUCUCAACCUGCCCUUGUUCCCGACCACCACCAUCGGAUCCUUCCCUCAAACAAAGGACAUCCGUAUUCAACGAAACAAAUUCACCAAGGGCGAGAUCACCGCUGAGGAGUACGAGAAGUUUAUUGAGAAAGAAAUUGAACUGGUCGUCAAGAUCCAGGAGGAGCUUGACCUCGAUGUUUUCGUCCACGGUGAACCCGAGCGAAAUGACAUGGUUCAAUACUUCGGCGAGAGACUAAACGGCUAUGCUUUCACCACCCACGGAUGGGUCCAGUCGUAUGGUUCUCGCUGUGUCCGACCACCCAUUGUCGUUGGAGACAUCUCCCGGCCUGCUCCUAUGACCGUCAAGGAGUCUAAAUAUGCGGCAUCCAUCUCGCCCAAGCCAAUGAAGGGUAUGCUCACUGGCCCCAUCACUUGCCUGAGAUGGUCGUUCCCUCGUGACGAUGUUCACCAAUCCGUCCAAGCACAGCAAUUGGCGCUCGCUCUCCGUGACGAAGUCGUCGAUCUCGAGAAGGCGGGUAUUUACGUCAUUCAAGUCGACGAGCCGGCUCUGCGUGAGGGUUUGCCUCUUCGCGCCGGCAAGGAGCGAACCGACUACUUGAAGUGGGCCGUCGACUCCUUCCGCCUGGCCACUGCGGGCGUUGAGAAUGGCACCCAAAUCCACAGCCAUUUCUGCUACUCUGAGUUCCAGGACUUCUUCUACGCCAUCGCCGCCCUCGACGCCGAUGUUCUCUCCAUUGAGAACAGCAAGUCUGAUGCCAAACUUCUCAAAGUCUUUGUUGACGAAGCUUACCCGCGUCACAUUGGACCUGGUGUCUACGAUAUCCAUUCGCCUCGUGUCCCUUCGGAACAGGAAAUCCGCGACCGGAUUGCGGAGAUGCUGCAAUACUUGAAGCCGGAACAACUGUGGAUCGACCCUGACUGUGGUCUGAAGACCCGACAAUGGAAGGAGACCAAGGCUGCACUGACCAACUUGGUUAACGCGGCCAAGCACUUCCGCGCUCAGUACUCCAAGUAA